CCAACAGCCUCUUCUCGCUCUGCCCCUCCUCCCUUACAAGAGCUGCCUUCGAGGCUGGUAGGAGAUGGAGGAGAAAAAGAGAGAGAAAGAGCCUAUUUCUUUAAUUUCUGUGGAGAAUGGUGUGGAGAAUCUAGACUUGGAGCUUAUGGAGGAAAAACAGAAUACAGAGGGAACUACAUUGUCUAAAGUGCAAGGGAGUCAUCUGAAAGAUGAGGAGAUUUGGCCUUUCCUUUUUUGGAGGAGGAGCCUGAAGUCUUUCUCCAAGGCAAGACAUUUCUGCAAAGUUCAUGACCAAUUGUUUUGGUGGAUCCUGCUGGGAUUGAUGUGUAUAGCUUAUGUUGCCUUCUUGUUGGCUGCUUGUAUCCUGAACUUCCAGAGGGCUCUGGCCUUGUUCAUCUUCACCUGUGUGAUGUUCUUCUUCCUGUCCCACAGCCUAUUAUUUGAUAGGCUCUUUGGGAAGAAGCUGAUGAGGUAUCUCAAGUUCUCUGGAAAAACCCGCCUGAACUAUUGUCUGAAAUGGGGCAUGGGGGCAGCCAUUCUGAUCAGCUUGGUUUCAUGGCUAAUUCUGGACACUUCACGAAGUCCAAAGCAACUGAUUUCCUUCACUGGUUUCUGUCUAUUCAUCACCAUCCUUUUUGUAUGCUCCAAGCAUCACCAUGCAGUAUCCUCUAAGACAGUGCUGUGGGGCCUUGGACUCCAGUUUUCUCUUGGAAUCUUUGUCAUCAGAACUAAUCCUGGAUUUGCCGCAUUUCAGUGGCUGGGUAACCAGAUUCAGGUUUUCCUGGAUCAUACCAAAGUUGGUUCCAGAUUUGUCUUUGGAAACAGGCUGAUUCAAGAAGUCUUUGCUUUUCAGGUUUUACCAAUAAUUAUUUUCUUCAGCUGUGUAAUGUCUGUUCUCUACCACGUGGGCCUUAUGCAGUGGGUGAUCCAGAAGAUUGCCUGGUUGAUGCAGGUCACCAUGGGUACCAUAGCCACAGAGACUCUCAGUGUGGCAGGAAAUAUCUUUGUGGGUAUGACAGAGGCACCUUUACUGAUCCAGCCUUACCUUGUAGAUAUGACACGCUCUGAAAUCCAUGCCUUGAUGACUGGAGGUUUCGCUACAAUUGCAGGCAGCGUCAUGGGAGCCUACAUGUCUUUUGGGAUUGACUCCACAUCUUUAAUUGCUGCCUCUGUAAUGGCUGCACCUUGUGCUCUUGCCCUGUCCAAGUUGGUUUAUCCAGAAGUGGAAGAAUCCAAGUUCAAGAACGAGGAGGGGGUGAUACUGUUGCAUGGGGAGGCGCAGAACCUUUUGGAAGCUAUUACCAAUGGAGCAGCAAUUUCAGUGGGAGUUGUUGCUAACACUGCUGCCAAUCUGAUUGCCUUCCUGGCUCUAUUAGACUUUAUCAACACAGUCCUUUCCUGGCUAGGGGAGAUGGUGAACAUACAGGGACUCUGCUUCCAGGUCAUCUGUUCAUAUGCCUUGCGACCCGUGGCCUUUAUAAUGGGUGUGGACUGGGAAGACUGUCCAAUGGUGGCAGAGAUGCUGGGAAUAAAGUUCUUCCUGAAUGAGUUUGUGGCCUAUAAGCAGCUGUCUCAGUACAAGAACAAACGACUCUCUGGAAUUGAGGAGUGGGUCGGGGGUGAGAAACAGUGGAUUUCUGUGAGAGCAGAAAUCAUCACAACUUUUGCCCUUUGUGGAUUUGCGAACCUGGGCUCCAUUGGGAUCGUCUUAGGAGGUCUGACCUCAAUGGUGCCCCACAGGAAGAGGGACUUUUCCAGCACUGUGAUCAGUGCUCUCCUCACAGGGUCCUGUGUAUCCCUCGUCAAUGCUUGUGUUGCAGGAAUCCUCUAUGUCCCCAGAGGAGCUGAGGCCAAUUGUGUUUCCUUUCUCAACAAAACAAAUUUUACCACCAACAACUAUGAGAACUAUGUUUGUUGCAAAGAACUUUUCAGAAGCAUCGUCCUCAAUGUCAGUAAUGCCCCUUCCUUCUCUGGUCUCUGGGAAGAUGUGGAGUCCAGUGCAGAGACUCUGACCAGCUGCUGCCAACUCUUCAGCCACAUUUCCUGCCCACCUUGAGGUGACCCUCCAAAGCUCUAGUUACACAAGCUGUAGGAGGUUGUGCUUCCUGUCUGUAGCCUCAGCUGCCCAGCACUAUUGUGACCCUCAUCAUGCUGUGGGCACCAUUAAGGAGCGGGCUUGGUGAACAGAGCUAAUCCAUAAUGGAGAAGCAUUAG